AUGGCAACCUCCUAUUUUCAUGACAUGCAGGAAAAUUUCAGAAAUAAUAACAAAAGUCGCGAAUUUCCAGCGCACAGUGCGAAGGUUCAUUCCGUUGCCUGGAGCUGCGAUGGAAGACGUCUGGCUUCUGGAUCAUUUGAUAAAACCGCUAGUGUUUUUGUCCUCGAAAAAGAUCGGCUUGUGAAGGAAAACAACUACAGAGGUCAUGGAGACAGUGUGGAUCAGCUGUGCUGGCACCCAACCAACCCAGAUCUGUUCGUUACUGCGUCGGGGGACAAGACCAUUCGGAUCUGGGAUGUUCGCACUACCAAAUGCAUGGCCACAGUCAGCACUAAAGGAGAGAACAUCAACAUAUGUUGGAGUCCUGAUGGCCAGACCAUCGCCGUAGGGAACAAGGAUGAUGUUGUUACUUUCAUCGAUGCCAAGACUCACCGCCCACGUGCAGAAGAACAGUUCAAGUUUGAAGUCAAUGAGAUAUCCUGGAACAACGAUAAUGAUAUGUUCUUUCUUACAAACGGCAAUGGCUGCAUCAACAUUUUGAGCUACCCUGACCUAAAGCUUAUUCAGUCAAUCAAUGCCCAUCCAUCCAACUGCAUAUGCAUCAAAUUUGAUCCCACUGGCAAGUAUUUUGCUACUGGAAGUGCAGAUGCCCUGGUUAGUUUGUGGGAUGUUGAAGAGCUGGUGUGUGUUCGCUGUUUCUCUAGGUUAGACUGGCCAGUGCGAACCCUAAGUUUUAGCCAUGAUGGCAAAAUGCUGGCAUCAGCCUCAGAAGAUCACUUCAUAGAUAUUGCCGAGGUGGAGACAGGGGAGAAGCUCUGGGAGGUGCAGUGUGAGUCUCCAACCUUCACUGUGGCCUGGCACCCAAAGAGGCCGCUACUGGCAUAUGCCUGUGACGAUAAGGAAGGGAAGUAUGACAGCAGUCGCGAGGCAGGCACUGUCAAGCUCUUUGGGCUGCCUAAUGACUCCUGAAGAGCAGGGCCUCAUUCUUGGCAACGGUGGCAUUUUCAGGCAUUAUCCACUGCUGGUAUUGCGGUUCCUCUUCUCUACUAGCCAUCACCUGUUAUUACAUGCUGAGGUCAAAGGCUGCCGGCUUUGAGUCAAGCCGCUUAUUAAACAGCAGUGUGGCAGAGGGCCACCCCUGACAUGGUAAACAGUGGCGUGUGGACUUGGAGCAGUCUCCGGUCACUAGGGAGUGCUUUGCGACCGAGAUUAGGUAUGGCCCUGUUGCUAAUCCCCUUCGGUGAAAGACUCGCACAGCAUGAGCGUUGCGCAUCCGUGUGGGAAGCCCAGAGCCUGGCUGGAGGCAGCUGUCCUCACCUUUCCCUGCAGGCUCCCGGAUGUCUCACUCUGCCACUGCCUACACAUUGUUGGCAGCUACAGGAACCUUCCAAAUACCCCCUUAAUAAUAUUUAGUUCAAUAAGAGUCAUAACCUAUGUUUGCCAAGACACUUCGUGAGCUGAUUAUCAAAUCUUUUUUUCUCUCUUUUAUGUUCUUUCUGUAUGAUUAUUUGAACAUUACUGUUUGUCAUGUAAUGGUGACUUAAACUAUUUCAUUUGUUUUAUGCAAUGGAUUUGCACACUUGGUUCCAAACUAUCUGUUAUUCGCUCAGUCAAAUGUUUAAAAGGAGACACAGUUCAUGUAUCUAGAAACUGAGGCUAUACAAAAUUCAGAGGAUUUUAUGAAUGCUGGAAAAAGAAAAAAAGGCUUAUAGAAAUUCAAGGACAAUUCCGUGUUUCCAUGGACUGAAUACAAAAUGUUCUCCAUUUGAAUAUCCACAUUUCUAAUGUUUGUAAGUUAGAGACUGAUAUUCUCCCUGUUGCAUAGCAGUGACAUUCUUUAAAUAAAUGUUUUUUUAGCAUUUCAGUUGCACCAUAUCUGAUAUAAACUUUAUUAUUUUUUUCAAACUAUCGAAACACAGGGACCCUUUGCCUUCUGACCUUUCUGACUGGUGAAAGUGCAGUGGGCAGUGUGUCGUGUGUCGUGUCUCACAUUGGAAAUGCUUCCAUUUUCAGAAGUGAACAUCAUCAUUUCCACGUAUUUGCAAGGCUGGGCUUUGCUACUGCUAAAUGGUUUUUUUGGGUUGUUUUUGAUGAUGAGCACCCAGAAUUCUCUAGGUUGCUGAAACUAUCAAGCUAGCUGUAUCACAUUCUUCUAUAGAGAGAUGUGAAUGUUCUGUCUAAUGGAAGAGGAAGCACGAAAAUGUCUUGGAUGUAAAAAGUUAAUAUUCUAGAAAGGGUUAUUACUCAGUAUUUCCUUAUUUGAUAUGCAGUAAAGGCAAAAAUCAGUCAUCCUUUUCGUGGCAGACAAAAUUUGAUCAGCGUCAAGGAAUGAUCUCAUACACAAAUAAACUAAAAAUAGAAAGAUCUGUAUCCCUGGAACACAAUUCAUCUUCCUCAUAAAGGUAUACUGGUGCUAAUCUAAAUGGAAUCUCUUGCUUGAGGAAAACAAAUAGUGGACUGAUUCAGAUCAGUGGGCUUUCUUGGUGCCAGCCAGCUAGAUACAAGCUUAUUUACUGGCAGAGUGGAGAAGAGGAUGAUGGGUAAUGUCAAUCCAUUUACAGUGCUGUCAGUUUGGGAUCCACAACAAUAAGCUUAGAACAUGUUAUGCUUGAACAAAUAACAUGUUAAUUUGUUCAGUCAAAGCUAGAAACCUGGAGGAAUGUUUACUGAUUUUAAGCUGUAUCAUUAAUAUCUGCAUUUUGUCACUGAGUAAAGUGGCAAACUGAAAUAUGUACUGUAUAGCAUACCUCCAUGUAAACAUUGUCAUGAAUUAUGAUUACCCUGCCCCUGAAUAUUUUAGUUUCGCAUGGUAAAUUAACAUUAAUUUACAGUUAAAAGCUUUCAAAUUAAAAUGAGCAGAUAAUUUUAAUUACUCCUCAUUUUGGUAAUAAGGAUAUUACCAUCUGCUGUGUCUCAAUCUUUUCUGUCAGUUUCCAUUUGAAGGCAACCUCUAAACAGCCAGUCAGUUCCUUUUUGCCUGAAGGGGUUAAUGCUAUUUUGCAAAUGUCAAAGUGCCUCUGAGUCCCUUGGGUGUUUAUCUGUUUAUUUCUCUAGCUACAACAGCCUCAGUUGCACUUUUAUCUUUUGUUCUUUACCCUCUUAGUAUAUGAGACUUGAUUUGAAACAAACCACUUUUGACAUGCAAUGUAUUAAUAAUCCCCUCUUAGUAACUUUUUUUUAUAUUUAUGUCUAGAAAGCACUUGGUUUGUGAAAACUGCCCCAGUCUCCCUUUUCUAAACCCUUGGGUUUACUGAAUUACAUUUGUCUUUCACUUGUGGACAAUGUUGUCACUGCCAAAAGAGAAUCUACAAAACAACACAGAAUUUCCUCAUUUUUCAGGUCAGAAAAAUAUCUAGAUGUUAAACAUUUGUGGUCUUAUCACAAAAUGAAAGGGGCCAGCGAAUAAAGGUGCCAGUCCAUUUCAGUUUAUGUUUCAAAAGAAGCAUAUACAUUUCAUAGACAUAAGCAGCUAAAUGAAUCUGUCUGUAUCCAUUGACUUGAAAUAAAUCCACUGACUUAAAUAAAUGAUUAGGAUUUUUAUUCUUAUCUGCGAGCAUAUGAGGAACUUUAUUAUUAAUAGUAGUAGUAGUAAGAGUAGUGUGUUCCAACUGUUGUCCCAUAUGAAAAUUACAGCAUAAUCUUUGUUAAUAUGAAAUAUGUACUGGUUAUAGUAGUUCUGUAGUGUGAUUUGAAACUGUGGUUUGCAUUAAAACAAGGGAUUCUGGUGCAUGCAGGCAGAUAAGAUGAGCAGGUGCAGGUUUAUAAACAAUUUCAAGAUGACAUUUAAUAAUUCAACAAAUGUUACACAAUUUUUUUUAUAAACUGACUUUAUUUGUGUAUGAUCUUUCCAAAAAUGCUAAAUUGUUUAUUAUUAUUUUUUAAUAUGACAAUUUUACAGUGAUUUGGUUUGACAGAUAGUGUUCUGCAUGACAUGCAUUAAAAGAAAUAUUCCAUCUGAGCUCAAAUUAUGCAUUCUCAACACGCAUAUGAAAUAUUCUGUCUGGAGUUCACACAUUGGACUUCACACUCCAGUAUCAACAUGGAUAUGUUAAUGUUUCAAUUACAUUUUUUUCUUUUUCUUUAUUCUUAAGUCAGUACCUUUCAACUUUAUCAUAGUUACAGAAUAGAACAAAUCAGCAACUACACUACAAAAAGAUGUAUUCAUGGUACGUGAAGGAAAGUGUGUGAUGUUUAAGACUGUUCAUCCAAUUAGUAUAUAUUUUUUUUAAUACAUUUUUUUUUUUAAUAAUUAGAAAGUGGGAAGUAAAUGUUGAUUUUGCAGUGUUGAGCUGCUAGUUUUUCCUUCAACAUGUUCACAUGAAUGAUGGGUCCAAGGGAGCAUUUUAGGCAGAAACUCUAGCAAUUUGCUAUUAUAUAACAAAUCCAGAUGCGUUUGCACUGUCUUUGAUAGAAAUAGUGUCUCAUUAGGUUGCAUUAGGCUGUUGCUGACUUUCUAAUACUGUAAAGAGGCUAAACUGUAUGGUAGACUGUGUUCUAACAAAAUCUUAAGUGUUUAUACAUGCAUGAACAAACUAGUAUCCUACCAGAAUAAUGCAUUUACGUUGUUGUUGUUUUUUUAAAUUGUGCAUGAUAAAGUUGAAAGGUUAGUUGUAUUAUAUUUUGUUUAAAAUAGAAUAAUAGAUUCUUCUACUAAUCCCACCAGGAAUACCCUUAAGUGCAUGACUAAAUUAACAUCAAGCAGUAAACAUUUAUACAUGUAUUGUACUCACACAUCACAUGUCCAGUUAUGUUUUAUAAUUGCUUUUUUGAGAAAUAACAUUCCAAAGUGAGUUUGGAAUUCAAGCCUAAAUACACUUGUGUAGAAUCCAUCUUUUACUUUUUCCUGCAGUAUGCAUUGACUGAUUUAGAGAAAUAAUAUUAUUUCUCUGGUUGAACUUAACCGUUUAGGUCCCUGGCAACAGAAACUGAUUAAAUGUUCCCACCCAUGAGCAAAUAGGCAUUCAUUCUGUGAUUCUGUACUGCUAGAAAUCAUUAAUACAAAUGUGGGUACCAAGCUUCUUUUACUGUUGACAAUUUUACUAAUGACAAUAAUUGUUAUUAAAAAAAAAUUUACAUUAUUUUGCUGACCUGACUUGUAUUAUGAAACAGAAUCCUGUCUUCGGACAGGACAAGCUGUGCUUUCGUCAGAUCUAAGAUGCAUCCACACAUACAUUAGAACAUGGUCAUUAAGGGCCUGCCCUUCAGUAGUGCUCUCAAACUGUCCCAGUUGAUAUUUCUGUAAUUUAUUUGUUUUGUUCGGCCACAAGCCCCAGCUUACAUUUUGCAGAUCAUAAUGAACAUAUACAUGAUAUAAAUGCAAGUAGCAUAGAGGAACUGCUCAAACAUUUUAUCUUUGAUAAUAUGCAUCAAUUGGAGGGGGGGGGGGGGGGGGGGGUGAGAAAACGAACAGUCAAGAAAAUGAGGCAACCAUUUUUGUUCCCUUUCUGUGCACUGAGUUCAUUCUUCUCAGCAAAGUGUGAAGUUACGGAGUUGCUAAAAUAACAAUAAAACCAUAGUGCCAUUGGCCGAGGAAUGUACAAUGUGCUUGAUGUGUAAAAACGUGGUGAUCAUAGCCCUUAGCACAGGCAGAUCCUAUGGUUCUUGCCUUGUGGUAUAACAGAUGAGAACCAACAAACAUUCAGUCUUUUGAAUGUUAGUAAAAUGGAUUCUUGAAAAUGAUUUGACACUGAGCAGUUUAACAAUGAAAAAACAACAAUCAUCAUUGUCACAUAUGGCAUUUUGUAUGCAUGGUAGUUAUUUGUUAUCUCUAAGGCUCAAAUGUGAAGUGAAAGCUCACACAAAAUGUUAAAUGUAUAGCCUACAUAAGAACAAUGGUGGAACAAUGAUGUCUAGAAGGAUGACAUAAGCUUUAUUAUCUUCAUGGUUGAAAUAUUCAUUAACGAUGUGACUGCUUUUCCCUGAAAGAAAUACUAAGGUUCUAGCAGCAAAUCAAUCGUUUUUGGGGCCACAGUUCUGAAUAUAGGAAGAAUCGUGUUCUCUGGUUCCUACAUAAAUUCAAGUGGAUAUAUUAAGGUUAGCUAUUGGUUUUAGUUGAAUUACAGUUUAUUUGUAAGAUGUAUGAAAAUAUGUUCAAUAUGCUUCAUUAUACUGUCAUUUACAAUUUCAUUCAAAGAGAUUAACUGUUCUGUGGUUUGUACAAUUCUAAUUUCCAAAUGUAAUGACUACAUCAUUUUAAAAAUAUAUGUACAUAAACGCAUGUUAGUUUUACCAACAUGCAGAUUUUUAUAUUGACAUGUUUUUGAGCAGGAGCAUAUUUCUUGACCAAGAGUCCACAAAGCCUGUUUAUAGCUAGAUAUUUAGUCAUUUUUGCCAUAUAGGGAUUUUAAGACAUUGGUUUUAAUGCAUGGGAUUCAUUCAUUUUUACAACUAAAUUAACAUCAGAGAAAUCAACCCUUCAGUCUACUGAGCAGCUUCUGUUGCAGGGACAAUUAUACAAGUAUGGCACAGAGCCUAGUGUUUUGGUAUUGAACUGCAUGCAUGUCAGACGUUAGGAGGCAGACAAUGAGACUGUGCUGUCUGCAAGACAAUGAGACAGCUCUGAGUUGUGCACAUUAGAUUAUGAAACACCCACAGCAAUAACAGACCAACAUGAACUAACAUGUUUUACGUUACAAGCACAGACAUACAGAUAAUUACAUAGACUUCUUGUAGUACAUACAGAAGACAUUAACAAUGGCUUUUUAGUAUGUUUUUUUAUAGAAAUGUUUGCAUAUAUACCUAAGUAUAUACACAGAUUCACAUAUAUGAUGCAAGAGAAUAAAGACACAUAAGAUAGGUAGAUAGAAUUCACAAACCUCUACAUCUUUACAAACAAAUGCAUGACUAAAAGGUGAUUUACUUAUUUAUUAUUAUAAUUAAUUAUUGCAGUCUAAACAAUAUGGCUUUAACUAGUGAUAAAAGUUUCAGCACUAGAAAAAAAGUUUACAUAAUGCUAACAUCCUAUUAGAAAUAGAAAGCUCACCUGAUGUAUCUGACUUUAAACUAUUUCUAUCAUUAAUAUUCACUUUUAAUAUAUAUUAAUGCAUAAAAAGCCAAAUUAAUGAGUGGUUCAGGGAUUUGUGUAAAUUGGGAUGCAGUCUUUUCUAUUUUGUUUUAGUCUACAUAGUUAGGGCUAUAGAUUUACACAUUUAUAGCUACUUUGCCUCAUUAACUAUUGAUAAAGAUUAGUUUAUGAUAUCUAUCAUGCAUUACUUAACCCACUAUUUCCUGACCUGUAUUUCUUUUUUACUUCAGAUUAGUUUACGAUGUUUAAUACGCACCCCCAAAGUUUCUGGAAUUAAAAUCAGGAUUCUGAAAACAAUAUGAACUUUAAAAUGAAAGCAAAGAAAAAAGUAAAAGAAAAGUUCUCAGGCUUUGACAUAUUUAUAGCCAAGCCAUGCCAGCUAACCAUCUGACAAUUUUAUGAAUACAAACAACUUUUUUACCAGACUUUGUGUUUUACUAUGUACUAAAUUUAGUUAUAUAUUUGAUUAAAAAAAAAGAAAAAAAAAGACAUAGUUAUUAAAAUAGAUAUGGAAGUACUUUGAUGGGAAGAUUGUCUCUUUCAUUAGGGCAGUUGAGAUGGUUGAUCCUUGGUAAAAAUUGGAAAAAAGAAAAAUCAUAGAAAGUCAAGAUUAUACAAUGUGAUCUUUUCAGAGCUCAUUUUAAGAUAAGCUCUUAGAUAAUUAGAUUGCAAAAUGAUAUGUUCUUUGAAUCACUUGCAAUUUGGUAACAUUUGUAUAAUAUAAUUCUGUCCAUUUUAAUUUACAGUGGGGCCAAUAUUGAAAAGUAGAUGUUUCUACAUCUCUGUCACCUUACUGGUCACAAAUAACCAAACUAAUAUGUCUAAAUAAAAUCAGGUUAUGCUAUUCUUUCUUUGGUCUACUCAGUUCUAAAUGCAAAAAAAAAAAA